UCGAAUUCUGUUGUGGAUGUGAGAAUUAUGUUAGCCGGUUUUGCAAACUCCAAACUGAUGAGCGCCAAAAAACAAGCGGAAAUUGACCCCUUCAGUGAUCUCCGUUUGAAUCAUUUCUAACCUUCACAAAUUGUCUGCACCAGUGACAAAUUGUCUACACCGGUGUAGUCACGUGCUGCAAGAUUUCAACUUGAGCAAAAAGAAAUAGCUAACUCUUCUCUCCCAUGGCCUUCCUAUUUCAGAAGUUUCAGGAGGCUGUGAAAGUUCUCGCUAGAAGUCCCACAUUUGCUAGGGAGCCAAGGCACCUUCAAUUUGAAGCGGAUAUAAACCGCCUCUUCCUUUACACGAGCUACAAGCUUUUGGGAAAGGAUGCUGAUGAAGCAGAUGCUGAGGAGAUCAUUGACAUGGCUAGUAAAGCAUCACUUACCAAUCAGCAAAAGCAGGUCCAAGAAAAUAUCCAUUCUCAAAUAGAAACCUUCUGCACAACUAUGGAUGAUAUUGUCCUUCCAAAUUUGCAAAGUACAGAGAAGGCACAUGAACCGAUUGAGGAAAAGAAUAGUACUUCUCGACGAAGUGGCCUUAGUCUUGCUGUUGGUCGGAGUAGUCCACUGAACGAACAUCUUGUUGGUUCAGAAACAAAGCCAUUAAGCCAAUUGGAGGUGUCACAAAGGUUGAAGGACCUCAUGGGUUACACCCUUGAGGUCAAGCCAUCUGAAAUUCCACACAAGGAUGCUGGAAAAGGCUUAUUCUUAAAUGGUGAAGCUGAUGUAGGCACUGUUAUAGCAUUUUAUCCUGGUGUAGUGUACUCGCCAGCAUAUUACCAGUAUAUUCCUGGCUAUCCAAGAGUUGAUGCACAAAAUUCUUACUUAAUCACUAGGUAUGAUGGCACUAUAAUUAAUGCUCAGCCAUGGGGUGCUGGGGGUGAAUCUCAUGAAGUGUGGAAUGGUUCUAGUGUUUCUGAAUCUAGGCCUAAAGUUGAAGUUACUGGAAAGGGUUCAGAUAGAAUGUGGCAGUUGCUUAGUAAGCCUUUGGAUGGUUCCAAGAUAGGCAUGAAAGGUGAAAUCUUGGAAAGGAGGAAUCCUCUGGCCUUGGCUCAUUAUGCCAAUCACCCAGCUAAGGAUAUGGUUCCCAAUGUAAUGGUCAGCCCCUAUGACUUUCCACUUACUGAGAAGAACAUGAGAGUGUAUAUACCUAAUAUCUCAUUUGGAAAUGGAGAGGAAGUGAACAUGAAAAGGUUUGGCAGUUUUUGGUUCAAAUCUUGGAAAUCGGGUAGCCAUGUGUCUGAUGUACCUAUUUUGAAGACUCUUGUACUUGUGGCCACUAGACCGCUCUGUGAUGAAGAGUUGCUCUUGAACUACAGGCUGAGCAACUCAAAACAACGGCCAUCAUGGUAUACUCCUGUGGAUGAGGAAGAGGAUCGAAGAAGGUGGAGCUAAUAUUUGGACCAAUUUUGCUGCAAGCGUCUUCACCAAAAAAUAUUUUUCUCUUUAUGGUUCAAGUUCACUUCAUAGGUUUGAACACGAAUCUUGUGACCUGAUACUCCUCCUAAAUUUACCGGUAUAGUUUUUUUUUCCCCCCAAUUUUCAGUAUGUUUAGACUACGAUAUGCAGUUUUAUUUAGCUGACUCUUGUGAAGAAUGUCUCCUUCUUGGGUCAUUGAAAGGUGUUUUGAGAGCACAAAUAAAAGAACGGAGAGCAUUGUUGUAAAAUGGAUGUACGUUUAGUGAGAUCGAUUA